CGCGUCCAGUGCUCCUCUCUUCCUUUCUCUCUCGCCGCACGCAGGCAGUUCGAGAGGGCGUGCGUUGCUCGAGGGGCGGUAAAUGGCAGCGGCGGGCUCGUCCGCGGCGAGGGCCAGGAGGGCGGGGCUCGCAGCCGCCGCCGCCGCGGCGCUCCUCGUCCUCGUGGUGGUCGCCGUCAGCGCGGCGCUCCCUGGCGGGCGGGUGAGGGUCCUCGACGGCCUUCGGCAAAGGAGCACGUCCGUGGUGGCGGGAGGCGCGAGGCGGUGGCUGCGGGACUCCUCCUUGCCGGCGGCGACGACGAGGGGCAGGGCCGACGGUGACGCCGGCGCCGGCGCGGUGGAGGAUCCGGAAGCCGUGGCCAACGACGUCCACGCGUCCAUCAACAACAUCACGGCCCGGCGAAAUCUCGGGUACCUGUCGUGCGGGACAGGCAACCCCAUCGACGACUGCUGGCGCUGCGACUCGGACUGGCACAACAACCGGAAGCGCCUCGCCGACUGUGGCAUCGGCUUUGGCCGCAACGCCAUCGGCGGCCGUGACGGCAAGAUCUACGUGGUCACCGACCCGAGCGAUGACGACCCUGUCAACCCGCGCAAGGGCACCCUCCGCUACGCCGUCAUCCAGGAAGAGCCGCUCUGGAUCAUCUUCAAGCGGGACAUGGUCAUCACGCUCAAGGAGGAGCUCAUCAUGAACAGCUUCAAGACCAUCGACGGACGCGGCGCCAACGUGCACAUCGCCAAUGGUGCCUGCAUCACCAUCCAGUACAUCACCAACGUCAUCAUCCACGGGCUCCACAUCCACGACUGCAAGCCCACGGGGAACGCCAUGGUGCGCAGCUCGCCCAGCCACUAUGGGUGGCGCACCAUGGCCGACGGAGAUGGUGUGUCCAUCUUCGGUUCCAGCCACGUCUGGGUGGACCACUGCUCGCUCUCCAACUGCGCCGACGGCCUGAUCGAUGCUAUCAUGGGAUCCACGGCUAUCACAGUGUCCAACAACUACUUCACCCACCACAACGAGGUGAUGCUCCUGGGCCACAGUGACUCCUAUGUGAAGGACAAGGCAAUGCAGGUGACGAUAGCCUUCAACCAUUUCGGUGAAGGUCUCAUCCAGAGAAUGCCAAGGUGCCGGCAUGGCUACUUCCAUGUUGUGAACAACGACUACACCCACUGGGAAAUGUACGCCAUUGGCGGGAGCGCUGAGCCAACCAUCAACAGCCAGGGCAACCGCUACCUUGCUCCCACAAACCCGUUCGCCAAGGAGGUGACCAAGAGGGUCGAAACUGCUCACACUGUCUGGAAGAGGUGGAACUGGAGAUCAGAGGGUGACCUCCUGCUGAACGGCGCCUACUUCACCCCCUCCGGCGCGGGCGCCUCAGCCAGCUACUCGCGCGCGUCCAGCCUUGGCGCCAAGUCAUCAUCUAUGGUCGGCACCAUCACCCUGGAUGCCGGUGCCCUGUCGUGCCACAAGGGCGCGGCCUGCUAGCGCAGCCGCCGCAGAAGGAAACAAACCCACCCCCACGCCACCUCUCCAACAACAGAAAAGAAACAAGACAACAGAAAACUAAGCUACCUCAACACCAUGGUUACAGUUUCCCCCCGUCUCUCUCUCUCUCUCUCUCUCUCUCUCUCUCUCUCUCUCUCUCUCUCUCUCUCUCUGUUUUUUGGUUGCUUUUGACAAGGGUUAUAUAUGAUGGUCCUUCCUGAUUCACCAUUUGCUCAACCUCCCCCUGCUCCUGACAUGGAAAGCUACCUGGAGCAGGCGUGAAGCGUUGCUGAUUGAUAUUUCGUCCGCCGCUCGGUCUCUCUAUUAGUCAUCUGAUCUGAGUGUGGUACGUUGCUACCUGCCCCCCGCCCACAGCAAGUGUACGUUGAGGUCAGGGGUGCAUACUGUGUGUGAGUGAGUGCGUGUGCGUUGUUGUGUGUGUGUGAUGCUUACUUGGUUUUGGAGAACAUGCUGGAUUGUUAGUAGUGGGUAGUACUGCAAUGUUAUGCCUGAACAUGGCUGGAUUUGCCACGUAGACGAGACAUGGGAGGAUUGCCAUGUUCUUAUUCUUCUUCUCCAGUGAAAAGCGUAAACAUUACAGGCUAGCUGGAUAUUUUGACCUGGAAGUACAGCAUGCGCUGCUUUUGAAAUGUGUACCUGAUCAGUUUGCUUGAAUACUUCAAUGUCGAUACCCAGU